ACCACUCAUGGAAAAUAGACAAGGCAGUCCCAGUUGCAGAACCUUGUCUUUGCGUUUCAAACACUCACUCCCUUCUAUAGCAGGAAUCCACAAGGGAUACAAGAACAAAACAAGAAAAAGGACUUUUUAUUUUUUAUUUUUUCCUUCAUACCAAAUGGGAAGACCACCUUGCUGUGACAAAAUUGGGAUUAAGAAAGGGCCAUGGACUCCUGAGGAAGACAUCAUCUUGGUCUCUUACAUUCAAGAACAUGGACCCGGGAAUUGGAGAUUGGUUCCCUCUAAUACAGGGUUGAUGAGAUGCAGCAAAAGCUGCCGACUCAGAUGGACCAACUAUCUCCGACCUGGAAUCAAAAGAGGCAAUUUCACCGAUCAUGAAGAGAAAAUGAUAAUCCACCUCCAAGCCCUUUUGGGUAACAGAUGGGCUGCAAUAGCCUCCUAUCUUCCACAGAGGACAGACAAUGACAUAAAGAACUAUUGGAAUACCCAUUUGAAAAAGAAGCUGAAGAAGAUGCAGAGUGAGGAAGGUGACGAUGAAGGUAACAAUUAUGACAAGGGAAACUCUUGUUCACAGCCAAAGGGUCAAUGGGAGAGAAGACUUCAAACAGAUAUCCACAUGGCCAAACAAGCCUUAUGUGAGGCUUUGUCCCUUGACAAACCAAGCCAAAUCUUCCCUGAGACCAAACUACCUUCGACUUCUUCCCAUCCCACAUCACCAAACAAAACAUCAUCCUUGUAUGCCUCAAGCACAGAAAACAUAGCCAGGUUGCUGGACAAUUGGAUGAAAAAAUCUCCAAACAAAACCGAAUCAAACUACUCCAUGAGCAACAUGGUAACCACAGGGUCUAGUUCGAGUGAGGGAACACAAAGCACACAGGACCAGCUUGACUCCUUGUGGAGCUUCCAUUCACAGUCUGUGUCAGCAGAAGAGAACACGAACUUGGUGGAGAGCAAGCCAAACGUAGAGACGCAAGUGCCUCUGAUGCUGCUGGAGAAUUGGCUUUUCGAGGAUGGUGCACCUCAGUGCAACGAAGAUCUCAUGAACAUGUCACUAGAGGAAACUACAGAUGGGUUGUUCUAGUUAAUCUAGUCCUAGAUCUAUGUAACCAAAUCAAGAACAAAAAAGUCUUGAAAAGAAAGAAAGAUAAUGCGUGUGAGUGUGUGUGUGAGAAUUAGACUUUAAGUUAUUGCAAAUGAAACAAAAGUGUACAUUACAAGUACAUCUAUAACUAUGACUACCAUCAUUACCUAUCUUAUCUUAUCUACCAUAAUAAUAACUGAGUUGAGUAUA